CUUCAGCCUCUACAAUAAUAAUGAACAGUACAAUCACAUAUCCUGGUAGCAUAUCUCUAUGCGGCACCAAAACAACCAGAAACACAAAAAUGGCAAUUACAUUCUCUGUGACAGCCAUGUCCAGGCCGUCGGCUGGGAACGCGUACUCUACGAAAGUCGACAUUGGUGUUGUUGUUAAUGCUCCACCACCAGUACUGCCAUUGCUUGAGUUCUCUCCAGACUCAUUGCAAUAUGAACAAGGCAAGGUGGGAGCCGUGCCAGAUGGCAGUUUAUCAUCCGAGUCAUCAUCAGUUGGUGCAAUGGAGUACUUGACCGGCAUAUUGACAUCCAAGGUUUAUGAUGUGGCUGUGGAGUCGCCGUUGCAGCACGCGACAAAGCUGUCGGAGAGGCUAGAGACGGAUAUUUGGCUGAAGAGGGAGGAUGCCCAACCGGUUUUCUCCUUCAAACUUCGUGGAGCAUAUAACAUGAUGGCAAAGCUUUCAAAGGAACAACUUGCACAAGGUGUCAUAUGCUCUUCUGCCGGCAACCAUGCUCAAGGGGUCGCAUUAGCAGCCAAAACGCUAGGUUGCGAUGCAGUGAUCGUUAUGCCAGUUACUACACCCCGAAUCAAGUGGGAGUCGGUUAAGAGAUUGGGAGCAACAGUUGUUCUUGAGGGAGACUCGUACGAUGAAGCACAAACAUACGCCAAGAAAAGGGGUAUAAGUGAGAAACGCACCUUCAUUCCACCUUUUGAUCAUCCAGAUGUAAUCAUGGGUCAGGGAACUGUAGGGAUGGAGAUCAUGCGCCAACUGCAAGGCCCGAUUCAUGCCAUAUUUGUUCCUGUAGGGGGUGGUGGCUUAAUAGCUGGUAUUGCAGCCUAUGUAAAAAGGGUCUCACCAGAGGUACGGAUCAUAGGAGUAGAGCCUGCUAAUGCGAAUGCAAUGGCUUUGUCAUUGCACCAUGGCCAACGGGUCAUGCUUGAUCAAGUGGGAGGCUUUGCAGACGGUGUUGCUGUGAAAGAAGUUGGUGUAGAAACUUUUCGCUUAUGCAGGGAGCUAAUCGAUGGAGUAGUUCUUGUCAGUCGCGAUGCUAUCUGCGCAUCCAUAAAAGACAUGUUUGAGGAGAAAAGGAGCAUUCUUGAACCAGCAGGGGCGCUUGCUCUCGCUGGUGCAGAAGCAUAUUGCCGAUAUUAUAACAUCAAGAAUACAAAUGUCGUAGCGAUAACAAGUGGAGCUAACAUGAAUUUUGAUAGACUGAGACUCGUGACAGACCUUGCAAACAUCGGUAGGCAGCAAGAGGCCGUGCUUGCUACUUUCAUGCCAGAGGAACCUGGAAGCAUUAGACGGUUCUGCCAUCUUGUUGGAGGAAUAAGUAUCACAGAAUUCAAGUAUAGAUACGACUCUAACAGAAGCCGAGCUCUAGUUUUAUACAGUGUUGGUGUUCUUACUAGAGAUGAACUCCAAGCCAUAAUGGAGAGAAUGAAGUCAUUUCAUCUUGAAACUAUUGAGUUCACAAACAAUGACAUGGUUAAAGAUCAUUUACGGCAUCUGAUGGGUGGUCGAUCAAAUGUUGAAGAUGAGCUUCUAUGUCGAUUCGUGUUUCCUGAAAGGCGUGGGGCUUUAGUGAGAUUCUUAGAUGUUAUUAGUCCUCGUUGGAAUAUCAGCUUGUUUCAUUAUCGUUCGCAGGGAGAAUCGGGUGCCAAUGUACUAAUUGGGAUUCAAAUUCCAUCAACCGAAUUAAAUGAGUUUCGAAGUUGUGCCAACAAUCUUGGAUACGACUAUGAGAUUGAAACUGACAACCAAGGAUUCCAGCUAUUAAUGCGCUGAUCGAUCGAGCAAUAAUCUUGGUGAUCGAUCAUCGACCAAGACCGCAUGAACUUGUCACGAGUUAAUUUCAAGCUUUUUCUUGUGUGGAGGGGGACAUGCAUGCUUUUACCCUUGAUCGAUACAUGUUAGAUCGAAUCGACAUCUUGAAGAACUACUUCAAUAAACGGGGCCGAAAGGCCUCCUCACUCGUCCUUUUCUUUAUGUCAAAUUCCGGUGUGGAAGGUUCAUUUAAAAUAGAUUAGUAUGAAAUUAAUAUUAAUAAUCUGCCAUCUUAAAAGAUCAUAAACAAGGUCUCAAGUUGUAUUAUUUAAAGUUGACCAAGAACAUAAUUAAAGUCACAAUUGACGAUUUGACGUAGA